AUGACUUGGUAUAAAAGUUUUCCCGAUGAAUCCAUCACUUCCUGGAAGGUGCUCGGGAAACUGUUUUCCAGACACUUCACGGCCUCCCGAAGACACCCCAAGUCAGAAGCCUCCUUGGAAGCCAUCAUCCAAGGAAAAGACGAGUCCUUACGGGCUUAUAUAGAAAGAUUCAACAAGGAAGCCGUGCAGGUAUCCACAACUGUUCAUAUGAAGAAAUUCUUGCUCGAGCGAGGCCUCCAUCCACGCUCAGACUUCGUCAAAGCCGUCGGAAUCGAAACACCGGCCACUCUGUACGAAUUCUUCCUCAAAGCCCAGGCAUAUAUACAAUAUGAGGAAAAGGAAGCCGCUCAUGCAGUCCGUAACUCCUGGCAGGAAGAAAGUAGUAAAAAUGGCCGACAAGACGAUUCCCGUCGGGGAACAGACAAAAAGAAAGACGACAAGGGCCGAGAUCCCAAGGACUACAAAGCCCCAGCCGGGAAGUUCCGAGAGUACACCCCGCUCAAUGCUUCGAGGUAA